CGACGCUUUUGACUCCUUCAGAACCGUCGAUUAGCCACUUUGCCCACUUUACAUUCCAACCGAUUUUCCGAUUGUGACAGAGAUUUAGUAUAGGCAAGCUCGCUUACGGAAAGAAGAGAGAAAAAAAGGGUUCGAAAGUCAACACUCAAACUGUCUUUCGCACUCUGACCGAGUUCCCAAGUGACUUUCCCUGACCCUCGCCCUUAUUUGAAUAUCAACCAGCGAGCAAGACGCGCCUUUCGCAAUGUCUGGACUCGACGUAGAGGCUCUCCUCGAGUCUACUGCUGCUCCUGCCGAAACCCCCGCUACCAAAUCAGAAGAUCGCGAUGAUCGUUCUCGCGCGGAUCCCUCCGAACGCCGGGAUCGGGAUCGUUCCCGUGAAAGACGCCGACGCCGUGACCGCAGCCGCGACCGACGCCGAGAUGUUGAUGGCGACGAGGACAUGAAGAGCCCUCGCAGCGAACAUGGCAGUGCUAACGGAAGCCAUAGAAGCCGGAAGAGAAGCCGGAGCCGGGAAAGCGAGCGCCGACGCUCGCGUCGCGAUCGUGAUGGCUACCGCUCCAGUGGUGACUUCUAUCGCGGUCCAGGACGUGCCCGCUCUCGCUCACGCUCGCCAUAUGACGACCGCCACUACCGUCCCUCUCGACGGGAGCGCGAAGAAGAGAGACGUCCCCGACGUGACCGUGAAGGCGGCCGUCGCCGCAGCCCCAGCCGCCGCAGUCCCAGCAAAUCCCCCGAAUUAAACGAGGAUGAGCGGGAUAAAAGGACUAUCUUUGUUCAACAGCUGGCCGCACGACUGAGAACCAAGGAGCUGAUGGCUUUCUUUGAACAAGCCGGACCUGUGAAAGAAGCUCAGAUUGUCAAGGAUCGGGUGAGCGGACGAUCCAAAGGUGUUGGUUAUGUCGAAUUUAAAAGCGAAGAGUCCGUGCCGGCUGCUAUUCAACUUACCGGCCAGAAGCUUCUAGGCAUUCCAAUUAUCGCGCAGCUUACCGAAGCUGAGAAGAACCGCCAAGCUCGCAACCCCGAGGCUAGCUCGGGCCCGUCGCACUCCGCGCCGUUUCACCGGCUCUAUGUGGGUAAUGUUCAUUUCAGCAUUACUGAGAAUGAUCUCCAGAAUGUCUUCGAACCGUUUGGCGAACUCGAGUUUGUCCAAUUGCAGAAGGAUGAGACUGGCCGCAGCAAAGGUUACGCAUUUGUGCAAUUCCGUGAUCCCAACCAAGCCCGGGAGGCUUUGGAAAAAAUGAAUGGAUUUGAUCUUGCUGGUCGGGCCAUUCGAGUGGGCCUUGGCAACGAUAAGUUCACCCCCGAUUCGAACGCGAAUCGUCAGCAGGGCCCAUCUGCAAACCAACCGAAUUUCCAGGGCUCCUCGUUUUCUGGCCAUGGAGGCCGUGGUGUUCAGGCUGGUGGCACGAGCAACUUUGACCGUGCUGGCGGAGGCCGCGAGAACGACAAGGGCACCGGUGCAAGUGCUCUUGAUGACACGGACGUUGCGGGUGUGAACUUCAACAACUACAGUAGGGACGCAUUGAUGAGGAAACUUGCACGAACAGAUGAACCCGAGCCUUCGGCCGACGAACAACAGAAGGUGCUUCGACCCAAGACCGAGACAAAGCCCCUGCCUGUCAAUGUGAACAUGGCGAGUCGCUGCGUCAUGCUUCGUAACAUGUUCGAUCCUAAUGAAGAAACCGGCGAAGCUUGGAUCAAGGAUUUAGAGGAUGACGUCCGCCAAGAGUGUGAAGAGAAAUAUGGCCAUGUUGUUCACAUUUCGCUAGAUCCAAACUCUCAAGGCGACAUUUACCUGAAGUUCGACCGUGUCCAAGGCGGUGAGAAUGCCAUCAAGGGCUUGAAUGGCCGUUUCUUUGGUGGCAGGCGGAUCACUGCUCAACCCGUGGUGGACGCCGUUUACAGCAGCCUAUUCAGUCGAACCAAGGCCAUCUGAUCUUAUUUGUGCCGGUUUCCAUCCGUGUCCGCAGGUCUUGCAACUUAAACACUCUAACGCGGCCCGUUUCUUCCAGGCAGAUCCCUCUUGGCGUCCUUUUUGUCUUUCUAGGCUCUCCGGAUGAUUCUGCUCCUGGUAGGUGCCAAUUCUCCAUCUUGCGCGUUUUUACUCCACUUCUUGGCCAUUGCGACGGUCAUGCUACUUGAAAUGAUUUUUGUCUCUAGGAGCGUUCGUUUCUUUUGAACAGGUAGAAUUCAGGUCCCAAUAGGCGUUACCAAUUGACUUAUUUUUUCCCUUGAAA